CCAACAGGGUCUUUUGAGAAUUAAUUGCACUUUUGGAAGUUUCUCCCAUUUUUAGACCUGACUGGAUCAGCAAAAUGCCCCUUCCAGUUCCAGAUCUGUGGAAUUACCUCCCAGAAGAAAUCCUCAUCCAAAUUUUCUAUUACCUGUCUCUUCGAGAUCGAUACACAGUGUUCCAGGUGUGCAGGCAGUGGGCUGCAGCUGUUUCUUCCAGCUCUGUUUGGCACUUCACUGAGAUCAGCUGUGAUUCAGAGGAUGAGGAAGGUAUGCUGCAGAGCCUGCUCCAGUUCCUCAGCCAAAUCAAACACCUGAAGAUUGUGUUUGACCAGUCCAAGGAGGUCAACCGGAAGAAUGUGACACACAUCUUGGAUGCCUUGGCAGAACAGAACCACCAACUGCAGCAGCUGUGCAUUGCGUGCCAGGGGGAGAACCCCUAUUUCUACUCUGGCCAGGACAUCCUCCAGAGCAUACGGAAUUUAUGUGCCACUGAACACCAGAGAGAUCUUCAGCAUAUUGAUUUUCGAGACAUGCCCUUCACUCUGGAUGGGGAGCUGGUUGAGCUCCUGGCUACCACCAGCCCCAACCUGCACAGUCUGUUCAUCAACAACCGCACCCUGGUGUGCAACGUGGCCCCAGACACCCUUAGGAAGGUUCUCAGAGCAUGUCCCAAGCUCUCAGCCUUGGGGGUUUACUAUGCCAGUUUGUCUGAUGAUGUAUUUCAGGAGCUGCUCAAGCCUGACAGAGCAGCUUUCACCCAUUUAGACAUUUUCUGUGAGCGCCUGGACAAGUACAUACCAGUCAUCUCAGAAGAGCUUUGGGCUGCUGUAAGUCACAAGCAUCCUCAACUCCGUGUAGACCUAGAGUUUGAUCAUACAGUCCCUGCCAGCAAAAUACCAGGAAUCCUGAAGUUGAAUAUACCUGUGAGGACACUGCAACUCAAUACCUACAACUACAUGGUCCAUCAGAUUAGGUUUGUCACCCAGAGCUACAGCAGUACUUUAAAGAAGCUGACUCUGCAAACCACAUCCUCAGAGGACCUCAAUUCCUCACUAGUAGACCUGGCCAGGCACUGCAGGAAUCUGCUGGAGAUCCACUGCUACUGUGUGGUCAGCCAGGAGGUGGUGGAAGCGUUCCUCACACACUGCCCCAGCCUGAAACGGUACACUCUGAAGCUCACCAAGGAAAGGCACCCCUGGAAACCAGUCACAGUGCAGUGACC